AUGUCCCUUGCGGAGCAAGACAUUUCACUAGAGUGUACAUUAGCAAAACUCCAAGCUCAAAUUGUGAGAGCACAUAACAUUCGACUAGCCAUGUCUACUCCUCUUCCUCCAUUGUUCUCGCCAAUUUCUUCCGCACCAAGUUUGCCAAAGGUUGAGUCACCCCUAGUUUCACCAAUGGCGGAAGAACAUGCCAACUUGGUACGUCCUUUGGGGGACUUUGCGGUACCUCAAGCAACCGGUCAACCAUCAUGCAUUACCUAUCCAUAG